GCGCUGUUUACUUCCGGUGGUCUCUCAGGAGAGGGGCUUUGAGUUCCGGGGCAGUAUCCGGCCCGGUCCCAGCGCUGGGUUGGUGCUUUACACGGAGGGAUCGCCCCCCUCCGUCUGAGAGGGGAGCGGGCACCGGGAGGCCCGGCGGCGGCGGCGGGGGGGAAAGAUAUGGAUAAACUGACCAUCAUUUCAGGAUGUCUGUUUCUGGCUGCGGAUAUCUUUGCCAUCGCCAGCAUCGCCAACCCGGACUGGAUAAACACCGGGGAGUCCGCGGGUGCCCUCACAGUCGGCCUUGUCAGGCAAUGUCAGACUAUACAUGGACGUGACAGGACCUGCAUUCCUCCUCGGCUCCCUCCGGAGUGGGUUACGACACUAUUUUUCAUCAUUAUGGGAAUUAUAUCAUUGACUGUUACGUGCGGUUUGCUAGUGGCUUCCCACUGGAGAAGAGAAGCUACCAAAUAUGCCCGCUGGAUAGCAUUCACUGGCAUGAUCCUCUUCUGUAUGGCAGCAUUAAUAUUUCCCAUAGGAUUUUACAUCAAUGAAGUUGGUGGACAACCUUACAAACUACCCAACAACACGGUUGUUGGGUCAUCCUAUGUACUUUUUGUCUUAUCCAUUUUCUUUACUAUAGUGGGACUAUUAUUUGCAGGCAAAGUAUGUUUACCUGGCUGAUGUAAAGGAACUACCAGACUUUAUUAUUUUCUCCUUGGUAUGGAUAAUAUAAAUUUGUUGGGAAGGGUGGUGGGGGAAAGGGGCCCAUGAACACCUCUGAGGACCUUGCCUUUUUAAGGAGAAGACCUGAAAGGGACAAGAGAACUGAGAAGCUAAAAGACAUUGACUUGUUCUCACUAUGCACUUUGGAUCAAAUGGAGAGCCUUUCUUUCCACAACCAAAUACAUAUAUCAUUGACUGAUCUCCUGAGCAUAUUUAUGCCGUCAGGUCUGCACUGUGACGUGGACUCGUGAAGAACAAUGCUUUACACUGACAAGCAAAACUGACCUUUAUUACUGUACCCGAAACUCCUUUUUUUUUUUUGUCUGCUAACAUAGGAACUGAAGAGGAAACAAAUUACAAGAGUAUUUAUGAACUUUGCAUAUGACCUAGGAUCAUUUCAAGGCGGAGUGAGGCUGGCCUCACUUAGGAGAAGAAAAGGUGGAGUAAUCCUGGACUAGAGACUUGGUGACUGAGAAGAUCUCUAUACGAAGGAGCAAUUAGAUCAAAAUCUGGUCAACCUGUGACAUCCUAUGGCUGAAAGCUUGGUUUUACACCCUCAGUCUGCUCCUUUCAGCUUAAUACGCUUUUGGGUUCAUUGAUAUGGUGGAAACCAGGAGGUUAUCGGUACUAAGAAUGGGCACGGAGAGAGGGGGGUCAUUAUACAAACAAAAAUGGAGACAAUAGUCUGGUGCUUUGCUGAGAUAAAGGGAAUACUGUAUUCCUUUUUUAGAAGCGCACAGUAUACUGGAAACACUACGUCUUUCUCCUCUGCUUGCCUCUAUACUUGGCCGUGAGAAGAACGCAUUUUAGGCCGGGUUGUCUUUUUUUUUUUUUUUCAUUUAUAUUUAUAAAAAUAUAUAAUAUAUAUAUCUAUUUUUUGCUGACGCAGUAUACAGUGUAUAUACAGGCAGUUCUGGGAAAAGAAUGCUACAAAUGCUUUGCUAGCAAAAUCACUGUGGCGUGCAAACUGGAACCGGUAGAUAACUAAAGCCAUUUCACUGAAGACGGCAUAGUGAAUAGUCUUCAGUUUACCUCAUGCGUCGUAGCAGCCCUCCGUUUGGUUUUAAUUUCCCUCCUUUACAAUGGUACAGACAUUUCAUGUAGCUUUUUCUUUUGUUGGGAACUUAUUUCACCUUGAGGUUAGACUAUAUAUACAGUAUUUGUUUGGCUUCUGCAGAGAUAUAAGGGCAUCUAUAUCUAAAACAGACCCAUCUGCAAGUCUUUAUAAUAGGGGGAGAUUGUUGGCGCUAUUGCAUCCAAUGCAUGGCCUUCCGAAUGGCUAAGUUUGGAAAUCCUUAUAGUUGUAUGGCAAACGUCACCUCCCGCUUAGCCUUCUUGACGCACACGUUCCUGCCCUUCAAAAGAAUUUGGUAGAGGAAGUACAGGGGUGAGUCCUCUCUCUAGUUUUCAUUGGUCUAAGAUGGAAAAUUAAAAGGUGGUGUAGGAGAUCUUGGGGGGGUAGGGACACUUAAAGUAGUAUUCCAGCCAAAUACAUCUUAUCCCCUAUCCAAUGGGACCACCAUCACCCCCCGCAAUCUCUGUGCAGCACCCUCAUUCUAUGCGGGCUGCAUUUCCAGUCUCAGAAAGCUCUUUCUUUCCGGGACUGGAAAUGUGACGUCACGCCCUGCCCCCUCCAUUCAGGUCUAUGGGAGGGGGCGUGACUGUCAUCACGCCCCCUCCCAUACACAUGAAUGGAGGGGGCAUGGUGUAACAUCACGUACCCAGUCCUGGAUUGUGAUUAGACAUCUUGUCCCCUAUCCUUUGGUUAGGGGAUAAGAUGUAUUUGGCUGGAAUACCUCUUUAACAGCCAUAGAAAGCACUCUUUUUGGCUUUCUUAGCCCUGCCUUAAAGUAGAUGCCUUGUCUUAAAGGCGAAUUCCAUAUUCAAACCUGGCAAAUAUAAACCAGCCCAUUGGGGGGGGGGGGGUGUAUUGCAACACUACUUAUUAUUAUUUUUUUGUUCUCCUGUCCUAUUUUUUUCCUUUCUUUCCAGUUAAGUACCUUCUUUCUUUUGAGCUCAUCUGCUACAUGUAGCUGCAUUUUUACCAGCGAUUACUCCAAGCACAGCUAUAGACUUUGAAACAAAAGUAUGCUACAGGAGACGUCACUACUAGGUCAAAAUGAUGUAAAUACCUUUUUGUUCUGUAAUGUGUGUUACUUGUUAUGACUAAUUUAUUAUCAGUCAGAUGGACAUUCUUAAAUUA